AUGCGACUCUUCGAAAGGAUCAUAUUUCAAGAAGAGAUUCGUCAUCCCUCAAAAUUGAUUAUUGAUAAGAACCAGUAUGCUUAUAGGGAAAACUCGAACACUACUGCAGCUCUGAUAAGGUGCCAGCAUCAUUGGCUAAAAUGGUUAGACGAUAAGGCUAACUUCAUUCGGGUAAUAUCAGGCGAUUUCAGUAAAGCGUUUGACAGCGUCUCCCACGAUAUUUUAACACAGAAAUUGAAAUCAACAAAUCUUAAUCCAUACAUUAUCAAUUGGCUCAUUAAUUUUAUAUCGUGUAGGAAACAGAGAGUUACUGUAGAUGGAACUGUUACCAAUUUUGUUAAUAUCAACAGAGAAGUACCUCAAGGUACAGUUCUUGGCCCCUUCUUAUUUUCGUUAAUGGUCAACGACAUUGAAGCCAAACAUCCACAAACGAACAAUUUGGUCAAGUUUGCAGAUGAUUUAACAGUGAGUGUUCCUGUCACAUCGUCUGGUGAUUCGGCUUUGGACGAGGUAACUAACAUUGAGAGUUGGGCAAGCAACAAUAGAAUGAAACUCAACUUUAAAAAAACCUGGGAAAUGUUACUAUGUACUCGUUCACCUGCCAUACCUCCACCCCCUUAUUAA